ACGGUACCUACAUCAAGAAGAGCUCAAGUCUCAUAUGGGCUGGCUUUCGCCGCCAUCAUUGACGUAGCUUAGACUUUGGAUCGGCAUCCAGAUGAACUGUAUUUGCCAAUAUGACAGGAGGAAAGAAGGAGGGCUCGACCAAUCCAUCAGCUGUCCGGAUUCGUGACAACCAACGACGGUCCCGUGCACGACACAAGGAGUAUGUCGAAGGUUUGCAAAAGAAGCUUCAAGACUAUGAGCGCCGAGGUGUUGAAGCGACGUUGGAGAUGCAACAAGCAGCUCGCAGUGUUGCUGUCGAAAACUCACGCCUAAAAAUCCUGCUGGGGUACCACGGCAUCACUAAUGAGGACGUUGAAAAGUUCUUGCAGAGCUUUCCAGACCAACCCGCUUCAGAAGCCGCAAAGGCAACGAUUUCACAGUCGACAUCUGGUCAACCACUUCUCGCCGCAGCACCCAAGAUCCCUCUCCAACCCCUAUCAAGAGGACACUCAGCAGAACCCCCGAGGUCAACGUUACCGCCUCCCCAUAUCGCACCAGAGAAGACGAGUACUCGAGAUGUGGUGGACGCCGUCGUAGGGAUCAAGAGAGACUCUCGUAAAGCUGGUCUUCCCAGCGGACCAACGCUUCCUUUACCAGUGGAGCAGCGGCAACCGCUGUUGCAACCUCGACCUCAACCGCCCAUUCUGCCAGCAUUGCCAGCUCUCGUCCUCGGUCAGGGUAGGCCAGACCCCAAUUCCCUCGAUAAACUCUCAGUUCUUGCGACAGCGAGCGUACAUCAAGAACCUGACAAAAACAAGCACCACCGUACGCAUUCAAAUGCCGAUAGCCUUCGUGUACCGAGCCCGUCAAUACUGGGGCAAAGUUCGCCAGCGUCGUCACAUACAACCCCUAGUCGAAUAAGUUCGACAUCUCCGUGAAGCCAGAAGGACGGAUACAGCUGGAAUACGGCACAACGAGUAUCCGUGCCAACGUACAUAUUUGACAACACAGUCCAUCGAGGGAAUAUGGUUGAGGAGUCUGGCGGCGAAUUCGUAAAAAGAGAUACCAAGAAGCGGAAAGAGAACGGAGUUUUUGAAGGUGUUGAGCUGAUUGAAU